AUGACAGCCACACUCAAUUUGCCUUGCGCAAAUCAUUUCGCUCUCAAAAUUUCAGGUCCCAAUACCCUCGAACUAUUCAGCUCAACCCCUUUGCCUGUUCUCGAACCUUCAGACAUUCUCGUUCGCGUUAUAUGUGUUUCGAUCAAUCAUGUUGAUGGAAAAUCCGCCGAUCUGUCGCCAUCACCAGGCGCAACCAGCGGAAGCGAUUUUUCAGGAAUUGUGGUCCAAACCGGUACCGGUGUAGACACGGAUAAGUUUAGGGCAGACAAAAAUGAUAUGAAGAAUCUUCAAGUCGGCGACCGCGUCUUUGGGGGUGUGUUCGGAAACAAUCCUCUGCGUCUUGACAAUGGUGCGUUUGCCGAGUACGUAGCCGUUCCUGCAAAUCUCGUCUGGCGCAUCCCCGCAGGUAUGGAUUUUAAGACAGCUUCAUCUCUGGGAGCUACUCUUGCCACUGUUGGGUUGUCUUUAUUUCACUACCUGCAACUACCAAUGCCAACGAUGCCAUCUGAUCCGACCUCGAACAUGAAAGUUCAAGGUGUCAAACAAACCGUUCUGGUCUACGGUGGAGGGACCGCAACAGGGGCAAUGGCGAUACAAGUUCUCAAGCUUGUAGACAUCAUCCCAAUCACAGUAUGCUCUUCAAGCUCAGCAAGUAACGCUUUGAGCCUCGGUGCGAAAGCAACAUUCGACUAUCACUCUCCCACUUGUGGUGCCGAUAUACGCGAGUACACGUCUGGUGAUCUUGCGCUUGUGCUCGAUUGCAUAACUGACACAGCGUCGAUGAGCAUUUGCUAUGAAGCUUUGGGACCAAAAGGAGGGCGCUAUGUAGCGCUGGAUGCUUUCCCCUUACGAGGACACACUCGCCGUAGUGUAAUUCCAGCUUGGGUGUGUACGCCUACUCAAUUCGGACAUGCUAUCACUUGGGCAGCCCCGUAUAACCUGGAACCACGACCUCAAGACCAUGAGUGCGCUAAGAAAUGGUAUGUGGUUGCACAAAAGUUCUUGGAUAGUGGUCUCAUCAGUCCUCAUCCGCUAGAAACUAGGAGGGGUGGUCUUGCUGCAGUAGGUGGAGGCAUGGACGCUGUGAGAAGGGGUGAAGUCAAGGGGAAAAAGUUGGUAUAUCCUAUUGUGGAAGAACUGUGUACUUGA